CAUUUCAGCCCUGUGCUCCCCUCUAAGACAGGAAUGUCCUCCUCAUCCUCUUCAGCACUGGAGAUGGAGAUCUUCCAGUACAUUGAUGCACAUCAAAGUGAUUUCAUCAAGGAUCUGAAGGAAUGGGUGGCUGUGGAAAGUGAUUCUGUUCAACCUCAUCUGAGGAAAGAAGUAAUGCAAAUGGUGGCAUUGGCAGCAGACAGACUUGCAGCACUGGGAGCCACUGUUAAUUCAGUAAACUUGGGGUCACAUCAGCUGCCUGAUGGCCAAGUCCUCCCGCUGCCUUCUGUGAUUCUUGGGGAGCUGGGGAAGGAGCCACAAAAUCCCACUGUAUGUUUCUAUGGUCAUGUGGAUGUGCAGCCUGCCAAGAAGGAAGAUGGCUGGAACACUGACCCCUACACACUGACUGAAAUCGAUGGAAACCUCUAUGGGCGUGGAGCAACAGACAAUAAAGGACCUGUCCUAGCUUGGAUAAAUGCAGUGGAAACAUUUAGAGCCUUGAAAUUAGCUAUGCCAGUGAACUUCAAGUUUGUAAUUGAAGGCAUGGAAGAAGCAGGAUCCUUGGGGCUAGAGAAGCUACUUGAGGAAGAAAACCAGAACUUCUUCUCUGAUGUUGAUUAUAUUGUAAUUUCAGACAACUUGUGGCUCAGCAACAAGAAGCCUGCCCUCACCUAUGGCAGUCGGGGAAAUGCCUGCUUUUUUGUGGAGGUUGAGUGUGGCAGCAAGGACCUUCACUCUGGAACUUUUGGAGGCAUCAUUCACGAGCCACUGCUGGACCUGAUAGCGCUGCUGGAUAGCCUUGUGGAUUCCACAGGUCGUAUUCAGAUCCCUGGAAUCUAUGACAGUGUUGCUGCCCUGACAGAGGAAGAAAAGAAACUAUAUGAAUCGAUUGAAUUUGAUCUAGAGGAACAUAGAAAUAACUGUGGUGUGAAAAAAUUCCUCUAUGGCACCAAGGAAGAAAUACUUCUACACCUGUGGCGUUACCCCUCUCUCUCUAUUCAUGGGAUUGAAGGAGCUUUCCAUGAACCAGGCAUUAAAACAGUCAUUCCAGCAAAAGUAAUUGGCAAAUUCUCAAUCCGUCAGGUCCCCCACAUGAACCUUUCAGUUGUGAAAAAACAGGUGGUGGAACACUUGGAGGGUGUCUUUUCCAAGAGAAACAGUCCAAACAAACUGAAAGUGUCCAUGCCUUUGGGUGCAAAGCCCUGGCUUGCUGAUGUUAAUGAUCUACUAUAUAAAGCAGCAAGAAGGGCAAUAAAAACAGUUUUUGGAGAAGAUCCAGAUUUCAUUCGUGAUGGCUCAACAAUUCCUGUUGCCAGAAUGUUUCAGACUGUAACACAGAAAAGUGUGAUGAUGCUGCCGAUUGGAGCGGCCGAUGAUGGGGAGCAUUCCCAGAAUGAGAAAAUAAGCAGACACAACUACAUUGAAGGAACCAAAUUGUUUGCAGCUUUUUUCCUGGAAAUAUCAAAGUUACAUCGGAACUUACGUGAAACUUCCCACACAGAGACUACCAACUGACAGACCAUGUCAAGAAAAUCAGCAAAGCACUUUGUUAAACUUUCUAACUUAUAUAAAACAUAUAAAUCCCAUAUUCAGUGGCUGUGAAUCAGUGGAAAA